GCAGAGGAGGCAACAGGAGUCAUGGCUUCUGAUGCCAGUCAUGCGUUAGAGGCUGCCCUGGAGCAAAUGGAUGGAAUCAUUGCAGGCACUAAAACAGGUGCAGAUAUUAGUGAUGGUACCUGUGAGCCUGAACUGUCCACCCCAGCCUCCUACAAGAAUCCCUUUCCAGUGAUCCAUCUCGUCGAGGACUUGAGGCUGGCCCUGGAGAUGCUGGAGCACCCUCAGGAGAGAGCAGCCCUUCUGAACCAGAUUCCAGGCCCAACAGCUGCCUACAUAAAGGAGUGGUUUGAGGAGAGCGUGUCCCAGGUAAACCAUCACAGUGCUGCUAGUAAUGAAACCUACCAGGAACGCUUGGCACGUCUAGAAGGAGAUAAGGAAUCCCUCAUAUUACAGGUGAGUGUUCUCACAGACCAAGUGGAAGCCCAAGGAGAGAAGAUCCGGGACCUGGAAGUGUGUCUGGAAGGACACCAGGUGAAGCUCAAUGCUGCUGAAGAAAUGCUUCAACAGGAGCUGCUAAGUCGCACAACUCUUGAGACUCAGAAGCUUGACCUGAUGACUGAAGUAUCUGAGUUGAAGCUCAAACUGGUUGGUAUGGAGAAAGAGCAGAGAGAACAGGAGGAGAAACAGAAGAAAGCAGAGGAGUUACUGCAAGAACUCAGGCACCUCAAAAUCAAAGUGGAAGAGUUGGAAACUGAGCGGAAUCAGUAUGAAUGGAAGUUGAAGGCCACUAAGGCUGAGGUAGCCCAGCUGCAGGAACAGGUGGCCCUAAAGGAUGCAGAAAUUGAGCGUCUGCACAGCCAGCUCUCCCGGACCACAGCCCACAGUGACAAUACAGAGAGAGACCAAGAAAUUCAGCGUCUGAAAAUGGGAAUGGAAACUUUGCUUGUUGCAAAUGAAGAUAAGGACCGUCGGAUAGAAGAGCUGAUGGGGCUGUUAAAUCAGUACCGUAGGGUGAACGAGAUCGUCAUGGCAACUCAAGGACCAUCAGAAAGGACUCUCUCUGUCAAUGAGGAAGAACUGGAUGGAAGUUUCAGAAAGUGGAAUACUACAAAUAAAGGACCUGAAGAAUUAUUUAAAUCAGAGAUGCCUUCAAGAUGUAGCCCUCUCACAGUAGGACCACCACCACUGCCACAGAAAUCACUGGAAACAAGGGCUCAGAAGAAACUUUCCUGUAGUUUGGAAGACUUGAGAAGUGUAUCUGUGGGAAAGUGUGUUGAUGGGAACCAACCCUCUCCUGUCAUAGAGCCUAAGGAUGGCCUGGUAGAGCACAAACACCCCGCUUUACCGGGGAAGGUUUUGGGAGCCACGCCCAAUGGUGAUGCUACCAAAUCUACCCCUGCCACCUCCCAGCCUGACCCCACAGGAAGCAGCCUGCCGAGACUGAGAGAAACAGAAAGUAGUUGGGAUGACACUGCCAUGGCCAACGACCUCUCCUCCACCUCAUCGGGGACUGAGUCAAGUCCCCAGUCUCCUCUGACACCAGAGAGCAAACGGAGCCCCAAGGGCAUCAAGAAGUUCUGGGGAAAAAUUCGAAGAACUCAGUCAGGAAACUUCAAUACUGAUACACCUGGGAUGGCAGAGUUUCGACGAGGUGGACUCCGGGCAACCGCAGGACCAAGACUCUCCAGAACCAGAGACUCCAAGGGUCAAAAGAGUGAUGCCAAUGCCCCCUUUGCCCAGUGGAACACAGAACGUGUGUGUGCCUGGCUGGAGGACUUUGGCCUGGGACAGUAUGUGAUGUUUGCCAGGCAAUGGGUGACCUCUGGCCACACCUUACUGACAGCUACCCCUCAGGACAUGGAAAAGGAGUUAGGAAUUAAGCACCCUCUUCACAGGAAAAAGCUGGUUUUAGCAGUGAAAGCUAUCAACACCAAGCAGGAGGAGAAGUCUGCGCUGCUAGACCACAUUUGGGUGACACGGUGGCUGGAUGAUAUAGGCCUCCCCCAAUACAAAGACCAAUUUCAUGAAUCCAGAGUUGACGGGCGAAUGCUGCAGUACUUAACUGUGAAUGAUCUCCUCUUCUUAAAAGUCACCAGCCAAUUACAUCAUCUCAGCAUCAAAUGUGCCAUUCACGUGCUGCAUGUCAACAAGUUCAACCCCCACUGUCUACACCGGCGGCCAGCUGAUGAGAGUAAUCUCUCUCCUUCAGAAGUUGUGCAGUGGUCCAACCACAGAGUGAUGGAGUGGCUGCGGUCUGUGGACCUGGCGGAGUAUGCACCCAACCUGCGAGGGAGUGGUGUCCACGGGGGUCUCAUUAUCCUGGAAUCCCGCUUUACUGGGGACACACUGGCCAUGCUCCUCAACAUUCCACCACAAAAGACACUCCUCAGACGUCACCUAACCACCAAAUUCAAUGCCCUCAUCGGCCCUGAGGCUGAACAGGAAAAGCGAGAGAAAAUGACCUCACCAGCCUACACGCCCCUCACCACCACAGCCAAAGUCCGGCCAAGGAAGCUAGGAUUUUCACAUUUUGGAAACAUAAGAAAAAAGAAGUUUGAUGAAUCAACAGACUACAUUUGUCCUAUGGAGCCCAGUGAUGGGGCUGGUGACGGCCACAGUGUCUACAGUGGCUACCGCUGCCUUAACCCACUCGAUGCCCCUGAACUCGAUGGGCUAGACCAGGUGGGACAGAUUAGCUGAUGCCUUUGUCACCUGCUUCCUCUGCACCUGAGAGCUCACAGUUAACACCUCGUGUGACGCCAUAUAACUGCAUCUCAUCCCUUGCAUUUGUGCAUGAUUUGCGGAGAACAUUCCAGCACUUGUAUACCCUUGGACCAUUCUUGCGACUCCCCAGGAUAUGGAGUUGCACCUUUGCUAAGGGGUCAAGCUUUGGGGACUACUGCCAAAGGUGGACUCAGAGAAAAAAAGACACCGAAAGAUGCUUUUACAUUUUUAGUGAUUCCUAAUGUUCAUCUUCACCAGUGGAAAUUCACAUGAACUUGGACAUAAGUCCAAAGACCAUGGACAAUCCCAAGAGGCUCAGCUCUCAGGUGCCUUACCUAUCCUUUAUCUGAGGGUAAAAUCUCAAGUGCCUUAGGCCUGUGUGCCAGGGUCUUAGCUGAGCUAAAAGGACAAACAGCAAGGAUUUCUGCCACAGUGGUAAAUUAUGCCGUGCCUUAUUCAGAGGUGACCGCAUCUUUCUGGUAAUAAAAAUAUUUAUG